AUGCCCUUCUCCCAUCAAGAAAAACGAAGCAGCUUCGAAGACGAGCAAGGAUUGCCAAUGUACGACACACAAAUGRAUGAUGCUUCCGCUUCGGCCCCGUUAUACAAUGCACCAAAAGAGGCCGUGAAGCCACCGCUUCCUGACAAGACAGCUUCCCCUGCAGAAGUGUCCGACUUCAUCGCACACCUUCUCGUCAUCACGCGAGAUCUACCGGAAACACGAGCUCGUGAGAUUGCAUCCAAGUGGGAAUUCGGGACGGGACACGAACUUCUAGAAACUUAUCCUGCCACCAUGUUCCGUAAGAUUUUCGGUAGUGAAAGCGGCUGGAUGGUCUACAAAGAGGUCAUGCUGCACAAGUACGAGACGUCGCAUCCUGAACGCAAUCAAAGAAAAUAUGGCAGUAUUGGGCUGGCGAUAGGCAUUCCUACCAUGAUCGCUGUGGUCUUUUUUACGCCCCGGAUGGUGGACUCACUGGCAAUAUACCCUCUUAUUAUUCUGGGCCUGUUCGAUGCGCUUGGCUUGCUCGUGUUCUUUGUAAUGCUGGUGGCACCGAAAAGCACUCCUUUGGAUCUGGUUGAGGGUAAGCUCAAAGACUCUUUUUUCAAAGGCAAGGAUUCGUCGAGUUAG